GCAAAUUUACAUUUUCCCCAUUCGUAACUGCUACCCAAAGAGUAAGAAUCGUGAACAUAUUUUGUUUAUUACUUUAAGAAGACACAGAGCUUGAGAAUCAAGAACGCUGAAGAUUGACUAUUGGUGAGGGAGAGGGGUCAAGAAGUUUCUUAAGACAUCUAAGCACUCCCAAGACUUAUAUCAAAAAUGAAUCGAAUAUUAACCCUCCUUUUUCUGUAUACCAUUAAUGUUGGGAUUGUGUCUUCCAGAGUGAGAUACAUCCAGGAUUUUAAAAGCGACCGUAUAUUUCGACGCCUCCUAUUUGGAUUCCGGAACAAUUUUCCCAAAAAAUUAUGCAAAGAUAAUGAUGAUACGAAUGUUGUUGAGACAAAGGCUGGCAAAAUCCGGGGAGCAACAGAAAAAGCCUCAAUAAACGGAAAGACAGUUCUGAAAUAUCUUAACAUACCAUAUGCUGAAGCACCAGUUGGUGAGCUAAGAUUUGAGAAACCAGUUCCAAAAAAACCAUGGCGAGGGAUUAAAGAAUCAAUUGAUAAUAAUAUUUCAUGUAUUCAACCUGUGUUCUUGCCAAAAAUAAAUAUGACAGAAGAUUGUUUAAUACUUAAUGUUUGGUCACCUCAUCCAAAACCAACUAACGCAGCAGUAGUAGUCUUUAUCCACGGUGGUGCAUUCUUAGCUGGUUCAUCACACGAAGCAAAUUAUCAUGGUGCAAACUUUGUUGCAUUGGGAGACGUUAUAUUAGUAAAUGUCAACUACCGCUUAUCUGCACUUGGAUUUUUGACAGCCCCAGAAGUUGGAAUUAAAGGUAACCUUGCUUUGUUUGAUCAGCGUUUGGCAAUGAAGUGGGUAAAAGAAAACAUAAAAGAAUUUGGUGGCAAUCCUAACGCCAUUACGCUAUUUGGAGGCAGUGCUGGCUCAGCUUGUGUUUCUGCUCAUACUUUAUCUGAAGAAAGCUGGCCGUAUUUCGAUCGUGUCAUUUACUCAAGUGGAAACAUGCUCAUGUAUUGGACAUUAUCUACUAAGGCAAGGGAGAAAAAUGAAUCAGAAAAUUUUUUGAAAGAGGUCAAUUGCUAUAACUCAUCGAAUGUACUUAAAUGCUUGAAGAAUAAUGUUACAACUGAACAAUUGAAAGAGGUCUUUGCCGAAAAACGCGACCCUUUUACACCAGCAGUUGACGGUGAUUUUUUUAAAGAUCAUCCUCAAAUGCUUUUCAGAAGGGGAAAAGUGAAGCAAUGUCCAAUAAUUUUUGGUACAAUGGGGAGUGAAAUGUACUUUCAAACUAGUUCUAUUCUUGCAAAAACGAGGAAUAUAACUCGAAUAAAUAGAAUUUUUAACAGUAGUAUUCGGGAAGCAUUUUUUAGACAUCCCCAUUAUUUUGACGUAGCCAAAAGACUCUAUUCGCCUAAAUGCACACCAUCGUUCGUCGAAUCACUCAAACCUUUAGUCGAUAUGCUAUCGGACUGGGCCUUUACGUGUCCAAUGAAGUAUGAAGCACAUCAACGGGUCUUAAUGUUUCCUGCAACUAAAGUUUUUGUUUUUCGGUACACAUACCCUUCUCCAGAACCACAUGCAUAUCCAGUUGGAACGUAUGGUUUUGCUAACCAUGGCCAGGACUAUUGGUCUAUAUUUGGGCUACCUUUUAAAUUAAACUUUCCAAUGGAAGAUAAGAUAUUGUCACUGAGGUUGAUAUCAUACUUCGCUAAUUUUGCAAAGACUGGUCAUCCAAACAGGGGUAAACCUGAAUUACCAGAAGAAUUUGAAAAUGUUAACCUUCCAAACUGGCCUCUUCAUUCCCCAAACGGAGAAGAAUAUUUGGAGAUGCAAAGUUUAAAUAGGAUGAUAGUUAAAACAAAACUUCGUGAAAAAUACUGUGAUUUUUGGAGCACGCCAAUGUACGCUUUAUACAGAUCAGCGUAUUUUUAACUGUACAUAUAUUUUAUCGAGUUUGUGCCAUCUGCCAUCUACAGAAUCGAUCUGCUAAACUACUUUUACUUCCCUUCUUUGAAAUGUUUUUAUUUUGAAUUGCUCUUAGAUCACUACUUUUUUUGACUAAUCAGCAGCAUACUUCGAAAAACGAUUACACUGGUAUUUUGUUUUUUCACACUGGUGUUUCUCUUUUGCACUGCUCUUAAGUCUUGACCAAUUAGAAUAGAGAAAAUGUUUAUGUACGUUAUUAAAUGCAUAGUUUAUUUUUAUUCUGAAA